AUGCACUACAAGCUAACAUCUUCAUGGCAUACUGUUUCAAUGAUUAUUAAUCAAUCCACCUGUGAUACAGUAAAUAUUUCUUUUUAUAUUAAUGGAAUUAUUAAAGAAGCUAGGGUUCCUAAUUUAGGCUAUACAUGAACAAUUGGGAAAACAAGUAGUGGAAAUUCUUUCAGGGGGGUUAUUUAUUGGCUUCAGACAAGAGCAGAAUGUGCUCAGAGUACUGAUGUCAUGACUGUUAGUAAUAAUUGUGUUGAUAACCAAUAUUUGGACGGAUCUUCUUGCCAAAACUGUGGGAAAAAUUGUUCUACUUGGCCUUGGUGUGCCAGAGGCACUGAUUGUCUUACUUGUGAGGUUGCUGGGUGUAUCACUUGUGAAGGAUAUCCUCCAUUAAAGUGUAUUAAUUGUAAAAGAGGUGUAAUUCCUGAUUGUGACUGUCCAGAGCACUCUACGCUUGACACUGAUACUAAUACAUGCGUUGCAGACGAUGGGUUUUACUUUGAUUCAGAUACAACUUGUGCUAAAUGUGACUCCCAAUGCAAGAAAUGUGAAACUUCUAGCACAAAUUGUGCUAUUUGCAAAGAUUUUAUCAAUAUGAGUUCCUCAACGUUGCCUGGAAUAUGCAAGUGCAACCCUGGAUUUUACUGGAAUACUAUAAUUUCUACAACAAACUGCCAAGUCUGUGAUCCAAAAUGUUUUACUUGUAAAAAUUCAAGUGCAAAUUGUCUAGCUUGCAAAGAUUCAAACCAUAUGGAUCUUGAAUUUGGCUGCAGUUGUUCACCUAAUAUGUUCUUUGAUGGAAUUUCUUCUUGCAUAGCUUGUGAUAUAAAUUGUGCUACAUGCUUUGGAUCAAGCACGAAUUGUCUUUCAUGCAAAAGUCAAUAUUAUCUGCGAAACAAUGGAGACUCAAAUAUUUGUGUUUGUAAGCAAUAUUUAGCUUGUGAAAAUCCUAGUCAAGGCUAUCCUGAAUUUUUAUGUGGAAGUCAGACUGAAGGAUCGUGCAGCAGCUCAAAGAUAGGCUUCAAUUUAGAAUUUGACAAUGGAGUAAUAACUGUUAAUUUUGCAUAUAAUUUGACAAAGGUUAUACAGAAAAAAAAAAAUUUCACGCCACUACCCCUGGCCGUUACCAAGAUAUAA